AUGGCUAAGUCUUCAACCAUCAUCAUCGCCUCUGCCCUUUGCUUCUUGUCCUUUCUAGGUUCGGCUUAUGCCAGAGACCGCUUCCAUGUUGAGGGCAAUGUUUACUGUGACACAUGUCGCGUCCAGUUCCUCACUAGGUUGUCUGAACCCCUAGAAGGUGCAACCGUGCGGGUGGAGUGCAAACAAGUUGAUAAUGUGAGGAAUGUGACAUUCAGCAAAGAUGUAGAGACAAAUGCUUUCGGGAUAUACCACGUGGAGGUAGAUGGAGACCAUGAGGAAGACACGUGUGAGGUUACAUUGGUGAAGAGUCCAAGGCCUGAUUGUUCUGAGGUUGACCGUGAGUCUCAUUUGCAGCAAGCUGCUAGGGUUAGCAUCACCAAAAACAGUGGAAUUGUAUCCAAUGUUCGCCAAGCCAACCCUCUUGGUUUCCUUAAGAAGGAACGUCUCCCUAGCUGCAUUGAGUUGUUCAAGGAGCUUGAAAUCAACGAAGAUGGCUCCCUCAUAUGA